CUACGCCAAGCUUUCCACGACAUCGGACAUGUUGACAUCGCUGUAACCAAUGCGGGUGUAUCCCAAGAAUGCCAUUACUUCAUCGAUACUUAUGACGAGCAUGGAGAACUAGAAGAGCUAGAGUACCGGGUCAUCGAUGUCAACUACAGAGCUGUACUGAAUUUUACCAAACUGGCACUGCGUGCAUUCCGGCAGCAGGGUCCUGGAGGGAGUCUGGUAAUUACCAGCAGUUCGACAGCGUAUUCAUCGGAACAAAGUCUGCCUGUGUAUAGUUCAACCAAACUCGGAUUAAUUGGCCUUGUACGCGCUAUUCGAUCUACAGUCCCAAAGAUCGCGGCAACAAUCAACGCGGUAGCACCUGGAGCUACUAUCACGAAGCUUCUUCCCCAAAAUCUUGCCAAACCUACAAUCGCAGCGGGAGCUCCUGUCAGCAGUGCUCACCACGUUGGGCUGGCUGUAGCAUAUGCCGCAGUAGCUUCACAGUCGCAUCAGGUCGAGGGAUAUGGUAAGGAUACGCCGGAGAUUCUCAACAGCAAUGGCCGUUGGAAUGGGUGUGUGAUCCUGACUCCGGUGGACCGGUGGCCGGAGCUUAGAGAGCCUAUCGCGGACCUACGGCGGCACUGGUUUGGGGAAUGGAAUACGAAUAUUACAGUGUUCCAGCAACGGCUUACUGAUAUGCGUUAA